AUGCUUCCUAUAUUAAGCUCCAUGUUUUCAGGGAAACUAUUCAAAUCUGAGGAACAUAGCUCAAGGGUUGGUUCCUCUGCCAACUCUCCUACCAAAAAUAGUUUCGAAUUCAACUAGUUCAGGCAAAAUUCUUAAGAAAGAUAAAUUAUGCGCCAGCCUUUAGGGAACAAAAAUGAUUCAAACUAGCAUAGUUAAAUAAAAAGAAUGGUCUCUAACGUUCUUGAUUAUCAAAAUGUCUUCAAACCUGCAUAACCCAAAAAUGAUUAAGAAGAAUUAUGCAGCAGUUCUAUUGAUUUAACAGUUUUAAGGUAAAAGUUUAAUGGAAUGCAGAAACUAGCAGUUCUUGUCUAUAUAUUCAUACCACUUUUUAUGAGCAAGACUCUUCUAAGUCUGUAAUCAAAUUAUCAAGACAUUGAUCUUUAAAGGGAUAUAUUCGGAGUAACCUAAAUGCUAUUAUGGACAUUAGGAUUACUUACCUAUUUCACCAUAAUUUCUUAUAACUUUAUGCAAUCAAUGCCAAUGAAAAAGCUAAGAUUGAUCACAGCUAAAUACACCAAUGAUACUCCAUUAUUUAAUCAUACACUCCAGAAAUUAUGUCGAAUAGUUGAGGUUUAUAUCUUGAGAAAAAAGCCAUGUACUAGAAGGAGAUCGUAACCGAUUAUUAGUGAUCAGUAUUUUUGCUAAAAAAGAAGACCAGCCUAGCACAGUCUAAGUUUCAAGGCUGAGAGAAAUUUACAGCAAAGAAUUCCAGAUGCCUCUUGCAAUCAAAAAUAGAGCUCAAUGACUAUAAAUCCUAUCUAGAUAGAAAAGCUUGAAGAUGAUAAAAAUUAUGAUAGAUUUGAUUUAAUAAAAGGAGGAUCUGAAGUGGCUAAGCAAAAAAGCACUGGCAAUAUAAGUCAGAAAGUUAGAACUUAAGAAGAUAAUAUAAAAGCUUACUUUGAAAUGAGUAAACCUACAAUUGAACAUCAAGAUUAGUAAUAUACACAAUCUUAUGGUAAUCAAGUAACAUUUUAAAGAAGAUAAACAUACUUUAAAGGAAAAGACAUUAGUAAUAAAGAAAAUAAAAAAACUAAUGCCACCAAUAAUAAUGACAUUAACCAAAAUUUAAAUGCUCAGAAUCCCAAUCCUCAAUAGCAAUAUGAUGACUUUAAUUCAUUUAGUUCCCUUGCAAUUAACUCAAUGAUGAUGAAACAAGAAUUGAAUACUUUGCAAACUAAAAGAUAUUAAGGAAGCCCCAAUGGUAGAUUUAUUGAUGAGAGAAUAACAGAAAAGAAUGAGGAUGAUGACUAGUCUGAUUUAUCACUCAGCCAAGAAUCUGAUUAUGAUUAGAUGGAAAUCCUUGACUAAAUCAAGUAUGAAAAUGGUCAAUACAAGAUUCAAGUCAAUGAUAAAACUAUCUAAGGAUUAAGCCCAUUUACGAAAUCGUCUAAUAGUCCAUAAUUCAAUAUUUCAGUUAAUUCUACGACAAAUAUAAAUUUAAACACAAAUAGCUUUGGGACUAAUAAUACUCGUGAUAACACAAGUGAAAUUGCAUAAUCAAAAAACCGAAAGAGAAUAUAGCUUAAAGAUUUGCAAAGAUUCCACUCUCAAGAUCAUAGCGAAUCUAUUAUACAAUCUCAAAAUAAGCUUGCUUAAAAACUAAUCGUUAAAGAAAGAAGACAAUCUAAUCUUGCUAAAUCAGUACCUGAAUUAUUCUAACCCAUAGUAAAGAACUCUUUACCAUUGCAACAGUCUAAUGAAUCAUCAAGUAUGGGUAAGAAUAACCAAUUCUUAGUUAUCAAUCAUAAUGAGCAAGAUUAAGACUCCAAUAGAAGCUCUAAAAUGAGCUCAUCUCCGACAUUUACUUUAUUUUCCAAUAAAAAUAAUGAUUAAUUCGACUCUAAUUUCUUUAUAAAAAAGACCAACAGUGAAUAGCAUACACUAUAAAGGUAGAAAACAAAUUUUAAAGUAAUAGAUAUAGAGAUGGGAGAACUUUACUUGAAAUUCAACAAAUUUAGUUGUCUCUAUCUAUUUGGAUUCUACAUGUUUUUUAUUCAGUACAGAGAGUACUAUCUCCAAAUGCCAUUUGUUUUUUAGCUCGCAUUCUACACACUUCAGGGCUAUAUAUCAGAUUGCAUUAUUAUCAACCAAAAGAUUAAAAAAGUGUACAUGGUUGCAAUAUUUUCAUCAUUCUAAUUUUAGCCUAGCAUAACCUAUUCAUUCAAUAUAGAAAAAGUAGUUCAUGUCAUCGUUAAUUCCUUAUUCUUAUUUAUGACUUGUCAAGGAAUUAAUAAUAACCAUAAGGAAAUCAGCUAGAGAUAAAUGACAAAUGAAAAAUUAGAUUAGAUAAUUAAGAGUGACUAGCAUCUAAAAAAUCUUGUCUAACUAAUACCAUAUGGAAUAGCAGUUCUAAAUUUGGAAGAUGUUUCUCAUUUCAAUCAUCCAUUUGGAAAGGUUUUAGGGGUUAAAAAUUAAAAAUAAGUAAUUUAGGCUUUAACAAAAUUUUAAAGAAAAAUAAAGGAGGAAGAUCAAAUCCCAAGCCAAAAUCAUGCAAGACUUGAUGUAAAUGAUCAUAAUCCAAGAAUGCUCAAGAAUAAAAAACUAAGUGUUUCCAAUUUAAAAGAGGAUUUAGAGUAUAUUCUAAAAAAUAAAGAGAUAGCUUUUAAGGAGGCUAAUAAUAUCUUCGAUAUAUAUUACAUCGAUAAGGAUGAAGGGUAGAGAUUAAGUUCUGCUCGAGGCAAUUUAACUACACCUAACUAACCUUCAUCAAUCGAUGUUCAUUAAAAUAACUAAGCUUAAAAGAUUUAUAGUAUCUCAAUAUCGCCAAUAACCUGGGGAGAUAAAGAAUGUUUGCUAUUGACUGUCAAAGAUAUCACACAUGAAAAAAUUAUUGAUCAGAAAUAAUUAAUGGAUAGACUCAAAAACAUGAUUUUUAAAAGCUUUUCUCAUGAACUAAAGACUCCAUUAAAUGGAAUAAUAAUAAGUUUAGAAACAUCCAAUCAUAUAUCUAAGCAAGUAAUGAGUAAAUUAAGACGAGAUAAGCCUAAAGGUAAUAUAUAGAUAGAUGAUAUUUAAAAAAGUAGCAAAUCUCUCAGAUAACAAUUAAAGAUAAUCGAAUCAUGCUCAUAUGUACUUAAAAACAUUAUGCAUGAUUUCUUUGACUAUCAUUAGUUGCAGACUAAUGAACUAAGCCUGAAUGUAAAGGAAUUCGAUUUGAAAACAUGUAUUAAAGACAUUACGAGAAUAGUGAAGCAUUAAAUUAAGUUUGACAAAGUAAAGUUCAAGAGUAGCAUUACCUACCAGAACAAAAAUGGAUUUAUACAAGAUAAUAUUUAGCAUAAUAUCCGAAUGACUUGUGAUAAGGACAGGUUACAGCAAAUAUUAUUGAAUUUACUCAUGAAUUCAAUUAAAUUUACUAACAAGGGGUUCAUUGAACUCUAGGUAUAUGUGAAACAUUUAGCCACACCUUAAAUGAUAUAAUUUAAAGUUAGAGAUAGUGGUAUUGGUAUAGAAUCUGAGAGAUUACCCUACAUCUUCAACUUAUUUGAGAAGAAUGAAAACUCUAAUUUCCAAUAAUACUUGAAAUCUAAAAGUAAAUCAGCAAGAAUGGGGUUACCAAUAAGCUAAAAUUUAUGUAAUAUGAUGGGAGGCCACAUUGUUGUUAAAUCUUUGGUAGGUUAAGGAUCAACUUUUACCUUUCAUAUACCGCUGAUUCCCCACAAUUAAGCAUCAUCUUUCUAAUUUCUCUCAAACAAUGAAUCCUAUAGUUUUGAUAAUCAAUUCAAAAGUAAUGAAGAGAAUAACCAAAAUUCUAUAAUGUCCAGGACUGACAAUUCGCCAAAUAAUCUCAUUAACGUUGAAAAUCUUGACCAAGACAGAAAUCGUUUACUUUAAGAAUUAACAAUACAAACUAAGCAGUAAUCAGCAAUUUCCAGGAAGAGAGAUUAAGAUGAAAUAUCUUCAGAGGGAGGUGAUGAAGAUUACAGAGCAGAUUUUAUUGAUGAAGACUUUUAAAAGCACAGUUCAAAAGAUUUAAUCUGGGAGACCAGUCAAAAACUAGGCUAAUUUGAGUUGGUUUUUAACUCUCCUAACCAGAAAAAUUUCAAGAUUCAGUAAGAACUUUAGAGCAAUAUGAAUGCAAAUCUUCUUUAUUAUGAUGAGGAAGAAAAAUCUACACCAAAACUUAAUCAUUACGUAGACUAAUUUGGAUUAAAUGAUAAAUCUACCUUCUCUCCAAAUAGAAUAAAACAGAUAAAAAGCAAUGAUGUUCAAAGAUUUUCUAGCAUUUCUAACAUAGGUCAAUUCCUAAAACACAAUCUUAAAGAUGUCAACCAAGAGGAAGAAAAAUCAGAGGAUUCUUAUGAAAAAAGUAAUAGUGAAUCAUUAACAAGUGAGUAAUUGAAAGAGAACUAGGACUAGAAUUAAGAUUAGGAGAGAAUUGAUAGAGUCUCUAGUUUGAUUAAUUCUCGAGACUUUAAUUUCAGUUUUCAACAUAAUCUUGGUGACUCUCACAAACAGUCAUAGAUAUCGUCAACUACAUCCUUCGCUAAAAAUAGAGUGAGUUCACUUGGCUUUGUAGACUGUAUAUCUAGUGAAGAUGGGACUAGGAAAAAUUCUAAUAAAGGUGUAAUAAGACAUGGACAGAGUUUUUCUAUUAGGAGAGAUAGUGUUAUGGACAAGGAAUUUAGACCCAUCUUUAAAAAAGAAGGAAGCUAAAAGGACUAUUUAAUGCCACUGCAUUCUUAUAUAAGGAAAGUUGAGACAAACUUAGUUAGUAGAUCUUUCAACUCAAGUUUUGUUUGUAAUAAAAAGAUGUCAAAUAAAUGUAUUCUUGAUUCAAUAGGACUUAAAAACUAGAAUCAAGAUUUGGCGUUGAUGAAUUAAAAUGAGAGAUUAAGUUAAUCGUAGAUUAUUGAGGAACCGUUAGAUUGCAUACUCGAUUCUGAAAGUUCUUAGGCAAUAAUGUUUGAUCCUCUUUUGAGGACUUUGGAAGUGAAGAAUGAGAAAAAUCCAUUCAAUGCUUUGAAUGGCUUGGCUGAUUCAAAAUAUUUAACAAAUUAUGUAAAGAAUUCAGAUAGAAAAGGAAAUAAAAAAUAUUCAACGAGGAAGCUUGCUCAUUUGAAUGUUAGUCAAGCAGAUAACAUCUAUCCUAUCUAAGACGAUCUAAAUUCUCCAGAAAUGAUAUCUCUUACCCCUCCAAGACAUACAGGCAAUCUUUUUGUAGAAGAAUGUUCUCAUAGAGAAGAUGACUAAAAAUUCUUUGACACAAUUCAUAAGAAUCAAACUGAGGCCCGACCUUCAUCACUGGGAAUAGUAGAUUCUGAAAAUUAAAUUGAAAGAAUAAUAAGUCAGAUCAAUAACACCGAUUAAAGCUAAUGUGAUAUGCGAAAAGACAAAAAGAAACUUAAAUUUAGUGACAAAGAAGAGAUCAAAGAUGGUAGUAGAAGUGAUUAGAUUAUUAACCCAGUUUUGAAAUUUGAGUCCUUACAUAGCUUCGCGGGAAUAGGAUCAUCCGAAAAGAAAUUCAUUGAACCAUAGCAGCAAGUUAUAGAUAAAACUGGUGACAGCAUUCAGUAAAAAUAGUAGAAAAAAGGUGGUAGUAGAAGAAAGCCAUUAAUCUUUUCAUUUCUGCCUAAUGCUUAGUAAUCGAGAGAAGAAGAAUUUAAAUAACCGAUUAAUCCGAGAUAAAAACGAGAAAAGGAGUCUAAGGAAUCGAGAGAUAAAAAGAACAAGCAAGAUAAAUAAGAUGAUUUAUUUAUGUCACCUGUUGCAAAAAGAAAGGUGCUUAAGUAAAAUUUGCAUAUCAAUGCUAAUCAAAAUCAAAGCGAACUUAAUAUGGCUAUAGAAGGAGAGAAUGACUAGCAUUAAUGCCCAUAAAUUUUGAUAGUAGAUGAUGUGUAGAUGAACAGAUUCGCUAUUGAAAAAAUGCUUUUGCUAAUAUUUGGUAUCAAAGUCCUUUAAGCUGAAAACGGUUAGGAAAGCCUUGAAGUACUUAUGAAUUAUUAUCUUAAUAAGGUUUGUGAAUGUGAUGGAAUAAAGAUUAUUUUGAUGGACAUUGAAAUGCCAGUUAUGGACGGCAUAACUGCUACCUAUAAGAUGAGAUAACUAAUGAGAGAAAACCUUGGAAUUCCAGAUAUACCAAUUAUAGCCCUAACAGCAUACUUGGAUGAAAAAGAUAACUGCCUAAGAGCAGGGAUGAGAGAUUUCAUGGUAAAGCCGACAUCUAAAGGCGAGCUUCAAGAAAUGCUCUAAAAAUAUUAGAUUAGAGGUCUCAUAAAUUGA